UCAAGCGGAUAGUGUGAAACACUAAAAGUUUUAUACAUUUUGCCUGUGUUGUUCCUAAUUUACAGCGUAAUCAAUAAUGGCCGACGAAGGUAAUGAAGAUAGUUGGCUCUACGGGAACACCAACCGAGAUGAGAAGGAUGAUAGCACAACGGAAGGUAACAAGGACGCCGAUGGAGCCGACGAGUCCAACACAGAGAAUGUCGAACAAAGUUCCGCCAAACGCGGCCGUGGCAGUUUCUCCGAUGAAGAUAACCAUCAUCAGCAUGAUGAUAACGCUAUGGAUUCGAGUGAUCUUCAAGCCACGGAUGAUUCAGCCGCUCAACGAGAGGACGAGUUUCAAGCCGAAGAGGAUUCACGACUCCAAGAAGAGGAAAGUCACGAACCAGAAGAGCGGACAGCACGGAGUGAUGGAGAAAUGGAAACCGAUGAUAGUGACGAUGACGAUGAUAUUAAUGUCGUGAUUGGUGAUAUUAAAUCCGGUCCAAGUUAUAAUAUCGUCAAGCCAAGGGGACCGAUAGUACAACCACAGGCCGUCCAAGCCGCUCCAGGGCCAGAUAAGGCAAAACAACCGGCAGGAAAGUUUAGCAUUGAUGAGUUUGAGAGUGUGGGAACGAUAAACGGAGUUCCGGCACAUGAAUUCAGCAUUGACUCGUUGGACGACAAACCAUGGCGCAAGCCUGGUGCCGAUAUAACAGAUUACUUUAACUAUGGAUUUAAUGAAGAGACUUGGCGAGCCUAUUGUGAGAGACAAAAGCGUAUGCGAAUGCACGAAAGUGGAGUCGGUUUGCAAGGAUUGACAAUCAAUAAUCCGCAGGCGGCUCAAAUGCAACCACAUUGGAGGUCUGGUCCACCUCCUCCUCGAAAGAUGAAUAACGGCAUUGAUGUGAUCGGUGGAAUGAACAUGCAUCCCAGACAAGACGGAGACAUGAUGCCACGUCAUCCUAAGGAGAAUGUUAUUCAGGUGAUGACCGCUGAUCGUCGCGAAUACAGUCGAACUUCGAACAAAUAUGAUCCAUCGAUGGGCCCUCCUCCGUUUGGGGCACCUCCAGAUUUCUAUCACAACGAGCCUGACUAUGGCGAUUAUGGAUAUGAACCAACACAAGAGUCUCAAUGGAAUCAAGAGAGUUCUUGGCAGCCUCAUGGUAUUAAAACACUUACCCCUGGACCACCACCUCCGCACAUGAUGCCCCCCGGAAUGGUAAUGCAACCCCACAUGGAGAUGAUGCCACCGCCGAUGCAACCGGGAAUGGGAAUGGGGCCGCCCGGAAUGGGCCCACCAGGAAUGCGCGGUCACGACCGCGACGUUCGUGCCGAUCGGGAGCGGGAACGAGAACGAGAGCGAGAGCAUCACGGUAAGAUGCGAGAACGCGAACGAGAACGGGAGCAUCGUCGAGAACGCGACCGUGACCGGGAACGAGAGAGCGUUUCAAUCAAGACGGAAGUUAUGGAGAUGGACCGCUUGGAACGGUCUCGAUCGGAGAAACCGGAACGCGACGGCGAGAAAGAGAAAGAAAAGCGAUCGUCCAAAUCAGACCGCCACAAGGAACGGUAUCGUGAACGGUCCCGUAGUCGUGAGAAGUCUAAAUCACGAAGAAGGUCUCGCAGCCGUGAGCGUGAACGUGACCGACACAGCAGCCGAUCGGAGAAAAAGAAAUCGCAUCGUAAGGAUAAGGACGACAGCGAUUAAAUGUAGUAUAAAUAUCUUAAAGUGACCAUGUGUUUGUAUCAUCAUAAUUCCAAAAUUUAAA